AUGGAUAAAAGGAAGCCCUAUCUUGCUGUUAUUCUCAUACAAUCUAUUUAUGCUGGCAUGUUCUUGCUCUCCAAGGCUGCAUUUGAUGGCGGCAUGAACAAUUUUGUGUUCGUUUUUUACAGACAAGCUGCAGCGACCGUUUUCUUGAUCCCUCUGGCCUUGUUUUUUGAAUGGAAAACUGCGCCGCCUCUAUCAUUCGUGACCUUCUGCAAGAUUUUUAUGCUAUCUUUAUGCGGGAUAACUUUAAGCUUGGAUAUCUAUGGGGUUGCCCUGGUUUAUACCUCUGCAACUUUAGCUGCUGCAACAACAAAUUGCCUGCCUGUUAUCACUUUUUUCUUGGCAGUGUUACUCAGAAUGGAGGUGUUGAGACUGAAGACAACUCCAGGGAUUGCAAAAAUGGUAGGAAUACUAAUUUGUUUGGCUGGUGCAUUGACCCUUGCCUUUUACACGGGUCCCCAUAUGAAACUUUUCUGCCUCCAUCACCUGUUUGAGCACCACCAUAGCCAGAACCUUCAAAGACGAACUUCCUCCGGCGAGACCUGGAUAAAGGGUUGUUUCCUCAUGUUGAUUUCCAACAGUUUUUGGGGCUUAUGGCUCGUAUUGCAGGGUCGGGUUUUGAAGAGCUACCCUUCAAAACUUCUCUUUACAGCUCUUCAGUGCUUCUUAAGCACAAUUCAAUCAUUCUCUAUUGCUAUUGCUCUGGAAAGAGACCCUUACGAAUGGAGACUGGGCUGGAAUGUUAGACUCCUUGCAGUAGCGUACUGUGGGAUUGUAGUAACGGGCGUGACAUUUUACCUACAAGCAUGGGUUAUUGAGAAAAAGGGGCCAGUCUUCUUGGCGAUGUCAACACCAUUGAAUCUGAUCUUCACAAUAGUCUGUUCUGCAUUUCUCUUAUGCGAGAUUAUCAGUUUAGGGAGUGUCUUAGGGGGGCUCUUAUUGAUUGGUGGGCUAUACAGUGUGUUGUGGGGAAAAACCAGAGAGCAAAGAAUGCUGGAUGAGAAUUGUUUACCAGCUUCUGUUGAUAAAAAAUGCACAGAAAUUCAAGUUGCAACAGCCUGAAAUCCGUCAUUAUUGCUGAUCAUGAAAGAGAGUGAGAACACUCCUAAUUGAGCAUGGCAAAUGCCCCAGUAUUCCAUCACUUCCUUCUACCCGCGGAUAAUUUGGAGAAAAGAGAGAGUGAGCUCAUGUAGAUAGGUCUGAAACAGAUGAUGUAACUCUUUUAACAUUGAACUCUAAGGAGAGCUGGGACCAAAAUGGUUUUUUGCAACGCCAAUGUAAGCCGAUUGUUGUGUUCACCAUUGGCCUGGGUUUAAAAUUUUGGUCAUGUUAUGUAUG